UUGGAUAAUUUUAAAUAGUUUAUAUCCUUAACUUGCCAAAAAAUUAAAAAAAAAAAAAAAAAAUUGAGGAGUUCAGAAUUCUAAAUCAGGUGAUAGUGGCAGUUUACCCCUUCUACUCUUCCUCAAAAAUCAACCCGACGUUUCCUAUUUCCUCCCAAAUACAAAUCUCUCCGACUCUUUCUGAAACCCUAAUUUUUCCCCCUUUCACAAAUCCCAUCUUUUCCGGAUUUAAGGGUUUAUUUUUUUGUUAAAUUUCGAUUCACCUUUAGGCUCGAUUUUGGGUUUGCAAUUCCUCUAAUCCAAAUCUGAACCAGGGAUUUGCGAAAUUUCUAGGGUUUUGAGUUGAUCUGAGGCCGUGCAUGGCGAAAGGUACGGAUGCUGAGGAGUUCGUGCUGAUGUCUAAGGUCCGGGCGGGGCUGAAACGCGAGUUCGCGUUUGCGUUGAAGGCCCAGGCUGAAAUCUCUGGCUCUUUGGGGCGGACUCGGGGCAGUAGGGCCCAGAACGGCGACUGUAAGAGGAUGAAGACGGAGGAGCGCAGCCGUGGUGAUGGUGACGAGAAAUUGGGGGGUGGGGAGAUUGGGGAGGGCGAGAAUGUGAACGUUAAGGAGGAAUUGGAGGAGGCUAUGAGCGAAGAGGAUGCGAAAAGCGAUGUGGUGGACGUCAUGAGCGACGAUGAGCCAAAAUUCCAUGGGGGCGAGUCUGUGCCCAGCGAGAGGGUUGGGGAAGACGAGUUGAAGCACGGUGUGGUGGAGAUGGCAGUAGAUGACGAGCCCCAGACUGGUUGCAUUGGCGAUAGUCAACCAGAAAAGCAUUUGGUGGAUGAAAAGGAGGAAGGGGAGGUGAGUGAGAAGCCUCCAAGGAGGUUUACUCGGUCAGCGUUGAAGCUUGAGGCAGAAAAAAUGCAGAAUUUACCUGCGGUAGGUUGUACCAAGGAGAUGGCAGUAGAUGACGAGCCCCAGACCGGUUGCAUCGGCGAUAGUGAACCCGAAAAGCCUAUGGUGGACGAAGAAGUUCCUGUUUUAGUUGAGAACAGAAAUGUUAAGGUGGAAGAGGAGGUGAUUGAGAAGCCUCCGAGGAGGUUUACUCGGUCAGCAUUGAAGCUUGACGCAGAAAAAAUGCAGAAUAUACCUGCCGAAGGUUGUACCAAACAGAUAGAUUCGGGGAUACAGAAAAGCCCUUUUGUUACUCCAAUGAAACUUGAUACAAAAAUGCCGAGUAUGGUGAGGAAGUUCAGUAAACUGAAAGAACUUCUUGACACCGGUAUUCUUGAGGGGCAGCCAGUCAAGUACCUUAGAGGAUCAAAGGUAAGAGAGUCUGGAGAAACAGGGCUUAGGGGAGUGAUUAGGGGCUCUUCUAUAUUGUGUCACUGUGAUUCUUGCAAAGGAACAGAAGUUAUUACACCUCCUGUGUUUGAGCUGCAUGCGGGUAGUUCAAUUAAACUUCCUUCGGACCAUAUUUAUCUUGAGAACGGGAAGACCCUUCGGGAUGUCAUGACCAUAUGCGAAAAUUCUCCCUUGGAAACUUUGGAAGAAGCUGUCCGACUUGUUAUUGGUUGCUCAUCUAUAAGCAAAUGUAUGAUCUGUCUCAAUUGCAAAGAUUCUAUUGACAAAGACCGGACAAGGUCAGCAGUGCUACUUUGUAGCUCAUGCAUGGAGUUAAAAGAGUCUGGAGCUAGGCCUGCUGUAGGUGCUAAACAGAGUGACGAAUCAUCAAAGCUGGUUUCAGGUCCAAAUAGUCCUGAUACCUUGUCAAAGUGUAGCUCACCAGAGCAGGUUACAGUUCCAAAGCAUCCAUAUAUGCCAAAGGGUAGCUCAUCAAAGCCAGUUAAAGUUCAAAAGCAUCCUCAUGACGUGCCAAAGUGCCGCUCGUCAGAAAGUAAAAGUCAGGGAAGAGUAACCAAAAAGGAUCUUCGGCUGCACAAGUUGGUUUUUGAGGAAGAUUGUUUGCUGGAUGGCACAGAAGUAGGCUAUUUUUCCAGGGGAAAGAAAAUGUUGGUUGGUUAUAAAAAGGGUCCUGGCAUUGUUUGUGGUUGCUGCAGUGAUGAGGUCAGCGCCUCGACAUUUGAAGCUCAUGCUGGUUUUAAGUCACGUCGCAAGCCUUACAUGAACAUUUACACAUCUAAUGGGGUAUCUCUCCAUGAAUUGGCAUUAUCUCUCUCUAGUCGUCGGAAGUGGUCUACCAAGCAUAAUGAUGACCUAUGCUCCAUCUGUGAAGCUGGUGGAGAUCUCUUAUGCUGUGAUAAUUGUCCAAGGGCUUUUCACAAAGAGUGCCUUUCUCUAACAAGUGUCCCUGGCGAUACUUGGUACUGUAAGAAUUGCCAGACUAUGUUUGAGAAAGAAAAAUAUGUGGAGCAUAAUCCCAAUGCUGUUGCAGCUGGAAGGGUUGCAGGGGUCGAUCCCAUAGAACAAAUAACCAACAGAUGCAUUCGUAUUGUCACUACUUUCGAUGAGAAACUUGGUGGAUGUGCACUGUGCAGUAGCCAUGAGUUCAGCGGCUUGGAUUUUGGUCCUGGCACCGUUAUUUUGUGUGAUCAGUGUGAAAAGGAGUAUCAUGUAGGUUGUUUGAAAGAUAAAGGAAUUGAAGAUAUGAAGGAAAUACCGAAAGACAAGUGGUUCUGUUGCUCAGAUUGCUUCAGGGUUCAUUCAGCUUUGCAGAAGUUGGUAGCUCAUGGGGAACAGAAGCUUCCAGACUCCCUUCUGAAUGUUGUAAGGAAGAAGCACAAUAAGAAAGGUCCGGAGAGUGGAGCUAAUCUUGAUAUAAAAUGGAGGGUGCUUAAUGGGAAAAUGUCUACUGAUGAUGAAAGUGUGCAGUUGCUUUCCAAGGCUCUUGAAAUCUUCCAUGAUCGUUUUUCCCCAAUAAUUGAUCCUACUUCACGCCAGGACUUUAUCAAAGAAAUGCUUUAUGGAAGGACCAUCCAGACCCAAGAUUUCGGUGGGAUGUACUGUGGAAUAAUUACAGUAAACCAAUUGGUCGUGUCAGCUGGAAUGUUUCGUAUCUAUGGAGCCGAAGUGGCAGAGCUUCCUUUAGUGGCAACAUGUGCUGAUUUGGAAGGACAGGGUUACUUCCAGAUCUUGUUUUCAUGUAUUGAGAGGCUUCUUGCAUUUCUAAACGUGAAAAGCCUUGUGCUGCCAGCCGCUAGCGAGGCAGAAUCAAUAUGGAAAAAUAGAUUUGGUUUUGAGAAGUUAACCCAAAAUGAGAUACAUGAUUACAGGAAAAGUUACCAAAUGAUGAUCUUCCAAGGGACUAACAUGCUGCGGAAGCCCGUCCCCAAGUGCCGAAUCCUUAGGUCACAUAUAAGCAACUGAAUGUCGGAUCAUCUAGAUCUUCCGUUUUGACCGUGAUGUAAAUGACUCCCUUGUCUUUUGGUGUACAGAAAGAGCAGAAAUAUACAUCGACCUUACAGGCUUGUUUUUGUCUUUCGGGUAGCAAAUAGAAUUUUAGAGGGAUUUCAGUUUCGGCGACGGAAAGUCGCAGUAGGUUUAUGAAGAGACCUACGGAAAGUCUCUUGGAACUUUGCUAUUCAUGGCACUGUUAUUUCUGCUUCUGGGCAUGGGAUUCCAUUUUUUGCUGAUACUUUUGUUCAUGGAAUUUCACUUUGAGGAAUUUUGCUUCUAAAGUUUGACGUUUGCUCGCCUAUUUUACAUACUCUAUUUGCAUCUAAA